AUGUCGAAAGCCACGCCUGUCCAUUUCGUGGGCAGCAUCCCGCUGCCUGAUUCCGCAACGACCUUCGAACACAUCUCCUCUGCCCUGCCAAACCCAGGCCAAGUCAAACGCAUUCCGGACGGAGAGCCUGGCCAGCGCGACUACUUUGUCAGAUGGCAGAAAUCGGUCUUCCAAGACGCUGGCGUUGGCCAUGUACUUAUGCAAGCGUUCCAACCCGAUGGGUGGAAGUCUCACAGCCAGCAGGAGGUGCAAGAAACAAUGCAAAGAAUGCCAAAGCUGGAGACGAAGUACGAUGUUGAAGCUAUCAAAUCUUACAAGACCUUUUGUGAGGUGCGCGAGAAGGGUAGAAUCUCGCGGGGCGUGAAAUUCCAAGUCUCUAUCCCCACGCCGGACAACUUCAUCGGCACGAACAUCCAGCCCGACUUCCAAGCACCCAUCGCGCCCCUCUACCAGGACGCCCUGAUCCGCGCGAUCCGCAACACACAAGCCCACAUCCCCCACGAAGACCUCGCGAUCCAACUCGACGUCGCCCUGGAAAUCGCCCUGCUGCACGGCACCUGGUACGACGAGUUCCAAGGUCCGGUCUCUUACCUCCCCAUCAAGGCCCGCAAGGACGUCCUCAUGCCCAUUAUCGUGGAGAAGAUCGUUAGCCUGGCGAAUGCUGUCGCAGGGGAUGUUGAGCUGGGGUUUCAUUUCUGCUAUGGCGACCUCUUCAACAAACACUUCCUCCAACCCCCCUCCACCGCCCUCAUCGCCGAGCUCGCCGCCAACAUCCUCUCACGUCUGCACCGCCCCGUGGCCUGGAUCCACUUUCCCGUGCCGAAAGACCGGACCGAUGAAGCAUACCUCCUGCCCUUGAAAACUACCCUUCUGCCGAAGCUGGACGCUGAGACGGAGGUUUAUGUCGGUCUUAUACAUGCUUAUGAUUUUGAGGGGACGAGGAGGAGGCUGGAGGUCGCGAGGAGGGUGCUGGGGGGUGGGAUUGGGGUUUCGACGGAGUGUGGGCUUGGGAGGAAGGAUGGGGCGUGGUUGGGGAGUGUGCUGGAGAUCGCAAACGCGGUGCAAUAG